GAGAGAGGGAGAGAGAGAGAGAGGGAGAGAGAGGACUGGAGCUGUGAAUGAUCUCAGUGACCGCUUUUCACUUUUCAUUUUUCCAGUCUGAGUCGUUGGUCUGUUCGUCUCUGAUCAAACCUGAGGCUCUUUCUGGAUGGAACAGGUUCUAGAUUCUUUUCUCCAGGAUCGAGUCGGGACAGUUCUUGUUCCCGUCAGAACUUGUGGAAUCUUCCUGAGAUACUUUGACCUUCCUGGAGUCCAGUGAUUGGUCGGAGUCGGUUCUUCUCAGGGUUUUGUUUCUCUGAGGGUCUGAAUGCACCAGGACCACGUCAGGCUGCAGCUCUUCAUCCGGCCUGCAGAGCGGCAGCAGAGAGCAGCAGCUGGAGAGGCGGAGCAUCAGCAUGAGCGACUUCUGGCAUAAGAUGGGCUGCUGUGUGGUGGCUAAACCAACACCUAAGAAGAAGAGGAGGAAGAUCGAUCGCACAAUGAUCGGAGAACCGACAAACUUCAUCCACCUCACACACAUCGGAUCUGGAGAGAUGGCAGAGGGUCUGCAGCCGUCAGGGUCGGUUCAGGAGCAGAUGAGGUCCAAAGGCCGGAACAUGAACAGCAGGAACAGCCUGUUAUAGCUGGAGUGUGUGAAAUCGACUUCUCUCUCCGUCCUGUGUCUCAGUGAAGACGGACAUCUCCCGACUUAAUGUCCCAGGAUGCUUCACUCCUCAGCUGACCUGUUCAGUGACAUCACCGAACUUCAUGUCCCAGAAUCCCUCACUCUGCUCCGCCCCCCCCACUGGAGGACCAGGGGCCUGAGCAGCUGCAGCAGCUCGAUAUGUUUUCAGUAUUUUCGAGACUUUUAAACGUUCAUCUGUUUCCAGUGAUUUGCUUUUUCCUGAUGAAACGUCUGAAGAAGUGAGAUCAGUUCUUCACGACUUCUGUGAACUCAGAGAAACAAGUUUAAUAUCUGGAAUGUUCUUCGUAUUUUAAAGACAUUUUAUUUAUUCUUUAAAUGUUCAGUUGUGUUUUCUAACGUUUCGACUCUGAACACGAUGCUUCAGUAAAUAACCACAUCGAGUUCAUGUGAUUCAUGUGUAAACACGACCGGUCGGGGCGGGAGGGGGGGGUUCUGUGCUACCCUGGGUGGUUGUCAUGGAAACUGCUGAGUCAUGGUGUCCCCCCUCACCGUGCAACCGGCACCUUCCUCUCUGAAGAGGCCGAACUGUCAGAGUGUUGCGUUCAUGGACUCUGUUGUGAGUGGAUUGUGUUGUUGUUGAUUUGAUUGACCUCAGAAAGUUGUGUUGAUAUUUUUGUAUGAACAAAUUUUGUAUCGAUCACAGUUGUUCUGCGAUUGUUUGUGGUCAUUGAGACAAAUAAACAUUUUCUAAUUUUC